AGAUAUCCCCACUCGGCUUCUCUUUUGCUCUCUGUUUACAGACAAAAGAAAGUCGUCGGAAACCUUUUUUUCUUACGGAAUUUUUCUUUUAUUUCUACGGGGAAUUAAAAGAGGACUACGUUAUUUAUUAGAGCAACAAUGGUCGAUGUUGACCGGAGGAUGUCCGGUCUGAAUCCGGGUCAUAUAGCUGGCUUACGCCGUCUCUCUGCUCGUGCUUCUGCUCCUUCAACUCCGGCCUCCCUCCCUGUUUGCAACGGUCUUCAGUCUUUCUCUUCUUUAGCUGAUAAAGUUAUAACCCAUUUACGGGAUUUCGGCUUUCAAGUCCAGCCGGGUUUAUCGGACGCCGAGUUCGCCCGAGCGGAAGCUGAGUUUGGUUUCGUUUUCCCGCCUGACCUCCGAGCCAUAUUAUCAGCCGGGUUACCCGUGGGUCCAGGUUUUCCCGAUUGGCGAUCUGCGGGGGCACGGCUCCAUCUCCGGGCUUCACUUGACCUUCCUAUCGCUGCAAUUUCCUUUCAGAUUGCGCGUAACACUUUAUGGUCUAAAUAUUGGGGGCCGAGACCGUCCGAUCCGGGGAAAGCUUUACGAGUAGCAAGAAAUGCGCUUAAAAGAGCUCCUCUUUUGAUCCCCGUUUUUAACCACUGCUAUAUUCCCUGUAACCCGUCUUUAGCGGGUAACCCGAUUUUCUUCAUCGACGAGAAUCGUGUUUUCUGUUGCGGUUUCGAUAUAUCUAAUUUUUUCGGGAGGGAAUCUCUGUUUAAGAGCUCCGAAUUCGACCCGAAAGUGUUGGAAAAACAGAGAUCUCUGAGCGAAAAUUCAGUUGGGCCGUCUACUAAUUUCUCAAGGCGGAGUUUGGAUUCGGAUUUGGUGACCGGUAGGAGGACACCUAGAUGGGUCGAGUUCUGGAGUGACGCGGCAUUUGAUCGGCGCCGGAACUCGUCAUCAUCAUCGUCGAAUUCGUCGCCCGAUAGAUACUUGGAAAUGACGAGAAUCCAAACUCCCAAAUGGGUCGACGAAUACAUAGGGCAAAUGGGAUCGGUUCUUCGAGAAGGCGGGUGGGGUGAGUCCGACAUAGCGGAGAUCAUACACGUGUCGGCAUUCGGGUUCUUCGAAGGAGAGAUGGUUUUAUUGGAUAAUCAAGCGGUUCUCGAUGCACUACUUUUAAAAGUGGAUCGGUUCUCGGAUACACUUCGAAAAGCCGGGUGGAGCUCCGAAGAAGUUUCGGAUGCGUUAGGGUUUGAUUUUCGACUGGGGAAGGAAAGGAAACCUGCGAAGAAAUUAUCCCCGGAGCUCGUAGAAAAAAUCGGAAAACUUGCUGAAUCGGUCACUGGUUCUUGAAAGAAAAAAACAUAUUUUUAUUAUCUAAUUUUUAUUUGAAAAAAAAAAACCCUUUAGGGCAUCGGGGUUUGUAUUCCUCUCUUUUGGGUUAAGAAAUGAAUUACUCA